UACAGACGACGCAUCUGCAUCUGGAACGGCAGAUGAAGAAAUUAAAGCGGCGCCUAAGCGCGGCAUUCCGUGGCGGAGGUUCGCAGCAGAAUGUCGAACUGUGCGGAGCGAAUGGUCUGUCGAACGGAGUGAAUCACAUUCAUGCCGCUUCGUAUGGCUUCUUCGCUACCGCAACUCCGAAUCGAGCAUGGAGUCUUUCGGAUUCGAUGAAUCACUUGGCUGAUAGAUUAGCCGUGGAAGGAGUAAUCGUUGAGGAGUGCGAUCCGACAGCGGCUGUGCUUCGACAUCCCUAUCAUAGGUAUCAUCGAGCUCAGCAAUCAAGAGCCAACAGCAUGUAUAAUCCAAGAAUGUACAAUGGUUACUAUGGAUCACAUGCUUCGGUAGUUCAAGAAACGUCAGCGUUGGGUUCUGACGGUGAGAGCGUCGAAGUUUCGCCGUGUACAUCAGAUCAGACACCUACUGGAGUUCCACCUCGGUACAUUGUAAAUGUAAAAAUGCGACAAAAACCCUCUAGGAAAUGGAGCGAGGAAGAAAUCCAAAAACGUCUGUCAUUACCGGCAGAUUUGCGCUUACCCGUGAGUGUUGUAGAAAAACUCAAUCGAACACCAACACUCGAUCAACCGUUAACGAGAAAAAAUCGCCGGGCAUCGUUGAGCGAAAUUGGAUUUGGUAAAUUGGAAACGUAUGAGAAGUUAGAAAAACUUGGCGAGGGCACCUAUGCUACGGUUUAUCGAGGACGAUCGUUGUUGACGAAUAAAUUUGUCGCAUUGAAGGAAAUACGACUCGAGCAAGAAGAAGGAGCGCCAUGCACUGCGAUUCGAGAAGUUUCUCUAUUGCGGAAUCUUCGACAUGCAAACGUUGUCACGCUACAUGACAUCAUACAUACGGAUCGAUUGCUUACUUUAGUCUUUGAAUAUGUUGAUCGAGAUCUCAAACAAUAUAUGGAUGCUUGCAACAAUGUAUUAAGUAUGAAUAAUAUUCGACUAUUUCUCUUCCAAUUGCUUCGCGGUCUAGCGUACUGUCAUCAAAGACGAGUGCUACAUCGAGACUUAAAACCUCAGAACCUUCUAAUCACGGCGAAAGGCGAGCUAAAACUGGCCGAUUUUGGAUUGGCUCGAGCCAAGUCGGUUCCUACGAAGACGUAUUCAAAUGAGGUUGUCACGUUGUGGUAUAGGCCUCCGGAUGUGUUAUUAGGAUCUACCGAUUAUUCAACACAUAUCGAUAUGUGGGGAGUUGGUUGUAUAAUGUUUGAAAUGAUAGCCGGACGUGCACUUUUCCCCGGAUCAACUACCGAUGAGCAGCUAGGAUUGAUAUUUAGGACACUUGGAUCUCCACGAACGGAUCGCCAUGCGACCAUUUGCGCUAGACCAGCGUAUGCUCCAUUUGCUCAAAAAGUCUAUCAUCCAGAACCGUUGUCAAGACAAAUACCUAGGCUAGAUGCAAAUGGCCACGAUCUGCUUUUGAGAUUCUUGCAGUACGAGGGCAGGGACAGGAUAUCAGCACAAGAUGCUAUGUGCCACAACUUUAUGAGGAGUCUGCCACCUAAGGUAAUGUCAUUGAAAGACGAUGAAUCGGUAAUGGACGUAGAAGGUGUAGUACUUGAUCGUGAAAUAAUUUCCUACAAGGAUCACAAUCACCUCCACAGACCGACGAAAGCUUCACGACGUCAAAGUCUUUUGAUAUGACGUCUACUGAACGAGCGUCCAACCGUACAACCUGUCCAGCACAGCCCUGAACGUGUUGUCUUCGUUAUUUCCCGAGUCCGUGCUAUACUCUUUCUCCCCCAGAAUCGAAGAUCUGUGAUGCGUGUACUUUUUCUUUUUCCCUCCAUUGUUGAACAUAAUUUCCUCAACUGAUAUAUGCUUAGGAUGUGUGUUUGUUUAAUGUGUAGUAGAUGUUUCAAAAUAGGACCAAAAUCGACGAAGUUCAUUGCUCUACCUUCCAUAUUCCAUAUAUAUCAAGAACUCCAUGUCCUCACUUUCAACCAAAUUCCGCCGUUUUUGUACCCUAAUGCUUCUUCUUUUCUAAUUUUCUUCCCCAAGACUAACGCGUCUUUCCAUUUGUGUUACUGGUUAGGGUACUGCGUAUGUAUACUUGUUUUCACAAAAUUCAUUCUUGCAAUUAUUCUCUCUAACAUCGGUUAUAAAAUCUGUGAGCUGUGAGUGCAUAGUUGUUGGUUGAAUUUCGUCUACAUGAUUCCAGUCAGAGUUCAACGAUGACGGUGUUAACAUCUUUUGAAGCAAGUAUAUUUAUUAGAUAUUUAUGAAUAAAUUAUCUC